GAAGAAAUUUUAAACUCUCGUCCUUCUCAGUGAUGGCGGCUUCGUUUCGUUCGCUCCCUUCAAGCUGCAACAACAAAUGGUACUACACCCGACAGCAGAUCGACAACAGCCCGUCUCGGCAAGCUGGACUUGAUCCCGACAAGGAGCUGUCCUACAGACAACAGGCAGCGAACCUCCUCCAGGACAUGGGGCAGCGGCUCAAUGUAUCCCAACUAACUAUUAAUACAGCUAUUGUGUACAUGCAUCGUUUCUACAUGGUCCAAUCAUUUACAAGGUUUCACAGAAAUGUCAUCUCUCCGGCCGCUCUUUUCCUCGCAGCGAAGGUUGAGGAGCAGCCCCGAAAGUUGGAACACGUAAUCAAGGUGGCGCAUGCAUGUCUAAACCCUCAGGACCCCUCGCCGGACACCCGCAGCGAUGCUUACCUGCAACAAGCCCAAGACCUGGUCAUUCUUGAGAGCAUAAUUCUCCAGACCCUGGCGUUUGAGAUCACAAUUGAUCAUCCUCACACUCAUGUGGUGAAAUGCACCCAGCUGGUCAGAGCCAGUAAGGAUCUGGCCCAAACAUCUUACUUCAUGGCAACCAACAGCCUGCAUUUGACCACGUUCUGCCUGCAGUAUAGUCCACCUGUUGUCGCCUGUGUCUGCAUCCAUCUGGCCUGCAAAUGGUCCAACUGGGAAAUCCCCGUCUCUACGGACGGGAAACACUGGUGGGAGUAUGUGGAUCCCACAGUCACCCUGGAGCUGUUAGACGAACUCACCCACGAGUUUCUUCAGAUCCUGGAGAAAACACCCAGUCGGCUCAAGCGAAUUCGAAACUGGAAGGCCGGAGGUCAAACUCCAAAAGCCAAGCCAAAGGUGCAGGAGGACGGAGACCAAAGAGACACCAUGAUCAGCAUGAUCUCUAUGGUGUCAUCAGAAAGCACCGUGGCGGGCCUGAUGAGCCUCUCGGCGCCGCCGUCCGGCUCCUCCUCCUCGGGGGGAGACAAGGAGCGGGUGGUGCCGGGCAGCGCUGCCACGUGGAGCGGAAAGGGCGUGGUCGGCGGCGAGCAGCCGGCGGCCAACCACGAGGUCCACGCCCCGGCCAAGGUGUCGCUGAGCGAAUACCGGGCCAAGAACGCUGACGUCCUGGCCGCCCAGAAAAGGAAGCUGGAGAACAUGGAGGCCAGUGUGAAGAGGGACUACGCCAACGCAGCGCAGGCUCUCAUUGGCCAGCAGAAGAAGCAUCAUCACCAGCAGACCAGCUCCUCCUCGUCCUCCGACGUUUCCAACCCCUCGCCCAUCAUCCUCAAAAUUCCCGUGGACAGGGAGCGGCCCGACAAACAUUUGAAAAUGCGUUUCCCGAUGCCCGCAGGCGGUGGCGGUGGCCAUGGCGACAGGGGUCAGGAUCCGGACAUCAAAGUGAAAAUACGGGUGCCGGAGAAGCCGAGGGGGGGUUCGGGAGAGGAGGGAAAAAGCCGGGAGAAGCACAGGGAGCGCUCCAACCACCACCACCAUCAUCAGCAGCAUCAUCAUCAUCAGCAGCACCACCACCAUUCCUCCUCCAGCAGCGCCUCGCUGUCCUCCUCACACAAACACUCGUCCAGCACCGGCGGCUCGCUGGGCAGCAACAAAAAAGUCCCGAGCGACUCGUCCAGGUCCAGUUCCUCGUCUUCGUCCAGCUCCCGAAAGAGGACGCAUUCCCAGGACCCUCAUGCCGCCUCCGCCGCCAAGGCCAGCAAGACCUCCAGGAACGCCUACCAGCUGCCCUCCCUGUCUUCCGGACAAACCCUGGGUUCAGACGUCCUGCCACCGCUGGGCCUCUCCCACCACCAGGGAGCAUUCUCGCACUCCAAAGGCGACAAGAUGGACACUAACGGGCACGGUGCGGCGGACGGCGCUCAGUCCAACGAGUACCAGGACACUUUUGAGAUGCUGAACUCGCUGCUGAGCGCGCAGGGCGUGCAGCCGUCGCAGCCGUCCAUGUACGACUAUCGAUCCCAAUACGCGGACUACCGGUUCCCCGGCGGCUCCAGGGGUGCCAACCCCAGACCGCCACCCUUGCCCUCAGAACCGCCUCCCCCUCUGCCGCCACUACCCAAAUGAUCCUCUGGUCAUUUAUGUAGAUUUUACUUGAAAUCACAAGCGUCCAUCUUAUGUAAAGUGUUGUAAAAAAUAAAUAAAUAAAUUAGCUUUUUUUAAUUAAAUUCACCCAACUUUUUUUUUUUAUGUAAGUUUCUAUGACGGAGUAUUAGGGCCACGCUAAGAAAAUAAAUACAAUUAUGAGAAUAAAGUCUAAAUAAAGCAAGAAUAAACAUAAUAUCACAAGAAUAAAGUUGUAGGAGAAUAAAGUCAAUUUUAUGACUUUUUUCUUGUAAUGCCGUCUUUGUCUCAAAAUAUUAUGACCAUUCUCAUAUAGUUAGGACAUUUUGUCGUAUUAUUGCGACUUUAUUGUCAUACAACUUAAAUUUUGUAAAACUGACCUUUUCUGAAUAUUUCAAAUUUUUUUUCUCAAUUUUGUAACUUUGUUUUUGUAAUAUUCUGACUUUUUUUUCCUCAAAAUAUAAUUUUACUCUCAUACAACUUUGUCGUAACAUGAUCAUAUUCUCAUAAUUUCAUGACUUUAUUCUUGUAAUUGUAUUUUUCCUUAGCGUGGUCCUGACGCUCCUCAGUAAGUUUCAGGGUGACAGCAGAGAAAUGUAAUAAUACGGUUAGAAGUUUCACAUAAUGAAUCUUAAAGCCUCACAAAGAACAAAAGAUUUUUUUCUUCUGCUCAAUUCUGACGAUGGGGAUUUAUGUUAAUGAAAUUCAAACUGCCAUCAGAUAUCUUUUUCCCCCUUUUUGUACUGUUUUUAUAGUAUGUUAUUUAUUGAGUGCUUUUUUAAAAAAACAAAACAUUAAGUCGACCUUUAAGGUUCCCUCCUUUCUGUCUGCACAGGGAGAGAUGUUUUCAUUAAGACUGUACAGUUUGAGAGUGCAUGUCAACAAAGCCAUGUUUUUACAUUUUUAUUUUUAUUUUUCAAGGUAAAAAAGAAAAAAAACCCUCCUGCCUCCAUAACUAGUGGCUGUUUUAUUUGGGUUACUUGUAUGAAGAUUGUAUUGUGGAAUCUUUCUCUCUAUUUUGUUACUGAAAAUUACAGGAAAAAAAAAAAAGAAAUGUAAAGUAAUGAAGCUUGUACUCCUUUAGAUUUUAAGUGUUGCAGUCAUUGUUUUAAAUGGUUGUAAAAUGUUCAUAUUCAGUUACACUAGCUUCAUGCAGUGGGAAAGGUUUAAUCAUAUCUACCCAGUACAGUGGUUAUGAAGGACAGACAUGUAAUCUCGCCUUUGAUGGUUCUGAUUUUAGGUUGUUUGAUUGUGUAAUCCCUCAUGUUAACACUGUUCUGUUUUAAUCAUGUUAAAAUUGGUUUUACACAUGCAAAUGUUCUUCAUAUUUAUUUUUAUUAAUCCAUCCAAAAAUGACCACUCUUUAAAAAGUUUUUGCACGUCCUCUAUAAUUACAGCACCUCCAUCCCACAGUUUUGAACAUGUAGUCCCAAAAAGAAUGUUUAAAUUUUAUGCUUGAGCAAAUUAGCAAAUGUUCUAUUUGUUGGCUGUACAUUUCAUACACACAAAGCUUUAUAUGGGUUUGAUUGUGUAAUAUUUCUGCUCUUAGCCUGCUCCCUUUUUGUUUUUAAUCAGUUUUUAUGUAAAAAAAAAAUGCUUAAAGCAGAUUAUGGUAAUACAGUACAGCAAAUUA